CAGACAGAGUUCAGAUAAGACUCUGUGGUUGACCUUGCUGCUGAGCGCUGAGCAUUAACAACACACCGGCCAGGAAAACAUGACAACCCCAAGUUUACCUGCCGUGCCACAGGUGCCAAUGCCUCCGAUGCCCUCAUUACCCAGCUCGGGAUUCACGUUAUCUAAAGAGCAUUUUGUGGUGGCGGUCCCGGUCGCAGUGGUUGCAGCUCUCGGAGGUUUCCUAGUCAGCCAUUACCUGAACGGGCGGAGCUGUAAAAAGGGCCUGGUGAACACAUCCAUCUGUAAAGACAGCCCCAAAGUGGUCCACAGCUUCGACAUGGAGGACAUCGGCACCAAGGCUGUGUACUGCCGCUGCUGGAAGUCAAAGAAGUUUCCGUACUGCGAUGGAGCCCACGCCAAACACAACGAAGAAACCGGGGACAACGUCGGACCGCUCAUCAUCAAAAAGAAGGACGCUUAAGCUUCCCAAUGAUAGAGCCUCGCCCCUGUUUGUCCAAUCAUUUGUCAUCAUCGCAGUGUAACGUUGACGAUAACAGUUCCAUACUGUCCCAGUCGAAUAACAGAGUGCAUAUUCUUCAUAGCUCGGAACAGAAAAUGUUGUAAAUUUUGAUUUCAUACUCGCCGCUCUGUUUUUGUACAUUAUCCAACAUGACUUUGGAAUCAAAGGUCACUGGAGGAGAGAUAAGGACGGGACUUUGACAGUCAGCAGACAUGGAGGUGCUGUGACUGCGCGGUUGCAUUUUGACCUACAAAAUGUUAAGUUUCAAUUCUCACUUGACAUAAAAGAAGUAAAUAUCUCGCGUGCAGGCUUUGUUCCUUCUCGCCUGCUGUCCCCGUCUUUCUCCUCUCCUCAGGUGUGGAGCAGGUGGUUGAAACACGAUGAACUUGCAGCUCUUCAACUCAGUCCAGUAUUUAGUUUGAAUUCAGCCUUACGUUUAAAUCAACAGCCCAAGACCUUCAGUCUGAACACACAUAACCCACAUGAAUGUUACAUGUCAAGAUUUUUGCACUAAGAGCUGCUUCGUCAGAGCAAUUAUUUUGCUUAAAUGAAAUCACCUUAAAUCCUGUCGAAACACUAUCUGCUGUUUGUCUGCUCUCUGCAGAAACUUGUCUGUAAAGUGUUCACAACUCUGCUUAUAAAUGAUAUAUUUUGAGUUUUUUUUCCAUUAGAUUUAUUUUCUACUGGCUGCGGUUUGUCUGACUUGAUUCGUUGUUCUGUAUAUUGUGAAUAAAACUUAUUGAGUGAUGGGA